UGUAAAUAUAGAUCAUUUUAUUUUAUGUAUCUAUUUAUUUUAUGUGUGUGUUUGUGGUGUGUGUGUGUGAAAUAGAUCAUAGGUUUUUUAGCAGGUAGGACUUGUGUUUGGAAAAUAUAUCUCAGUUAGAGUGUGCAUAUGUUCAAAGCUAAAUUAUCAAUAAUGAUAUGUUCCAUGUGUUUCAUUGUGAUUUCCCUUUUAUAUAUUAGAUUGUUGUUAGGAAUGUAGGAUGACAGAUUAUUUCCUCAGUUAUCUGUCGACAUCUGAAAGUGAUGAGAACAUGCGUGGUACCAUCACUGAAUCUGUCUUUGUACCUCUCUAUGCACAUCUAUCUAUCUAUCUAUCUAUCUAUCUAUCUAUCUAUCUAUCUAUCUAUCUAUCUAUCUAUCUAACAGCAACGGUACAUUUUUAUUAUACCAGAUGAUGGAACCUGACCUGGUCAUUCCUAUGGAAAUACCUACUCUUUUAAAAUUAAGGGAAAAAAUAUACACUCAUCAUCUUACAGACAUGCUCAUUGUACAUCUUUGGAAGGUCCUGGCUGAGGGAAUGUCAGCCAUGGCUGGGAAGAAGAAUGACUGGCAACAAGGUAUGGUGCUGGCCAACCAGAGCACCGUGAAAGAAUUUGUCCUGCUGGGGUUCCCUCACCUGCAUCACCUGGGCUUCCUGCUCUUCCUGGUGCACCUGAUGAUUUACCUCCUGACGCUUGCUGGGAAUGUGGUGGUCAUUGUCAUCACCUGGGCUGACCACCGCCUCCACACCCCCAUGUACUUCUUCCUCAGGAGCUUCUCCUUCCUUGAGAUCUGUUUCACCAGCGUCAUUGUCCCCAAGAUGCUGGCCAAUUUCAUCUCAGAGGACAAGACCAUCUCCUUCGCCGGCUGCAUUGCCCAGGCCUUCUUCUACCUCUCCCUGGGAGUCUCUGAGUUCCUUCUCUUGGCAGCUAUGUCUGUGGACCGCUACGUGGCCAUUUGUUACCCGCUGCGCUACAUGGCCAUCAUGAAUGGCAGGGUCUGCACCUUCAUGGUGCUUACAUCUUGGUUUGGUGGCUUCUUCUUCAUCAUUGGCCUCAUCAUGUUGAUCUCCCGGCUCUCCUUCUGCGGCCCCAACGUCCUCAACCAUUUCUUCUGUGACCUGGGGCCCCUUGUCAGCCUCUCCUGCUCCAACACACACCUGGUGGAAUCAAUGGACUUCCUGGUAGCAGCUGUUGUUUUGCUGGGUUCUUUGGCCAUCACUGUGCUCUCCUAUUCCUACAUUGUUGCUACCGUCAUCCGCAUCCCCUCAGCCAAAGAGCGACGUAAGGCCUUCUCCACCUGCUCCUCGCACAUCAUCGUCCUGAGCAUCUUCUAUGGCAGCUGCAUCUUCAUGUAUGUCCGUCCGAAGCAGCGUGAUGGACUGGAUAUCACCAAAGGGGUGGCCAUCGUCAAUACAGUCAUCACUCCCAUGCUCAAUCCCUUCAUCUACUCGCUGAGGAACAAACAGGUCAUACAGGUCUUAAAGGACACUCUGUGCUGGAAAAAAUAGAUAGUGCUGCAUAUGAGGAAAAUAAUGAUUCUGGAGGGUUGGAAGGGGGGUUAAUUAAUACACUAAAAUGUACUCAAAGUCUUUGAGAUGCAUGGGAGAUUAGGGAAGUGCUUAAUUAAUAAACUGAAAUGUGCUCCAGUUUUUCAUAUGCACUGGAUUCCAGGGAGGACUUAAUUAAUACACCGAAGUUCAGCCAGAAUUUCUGGAUGUAUCUGAGGGUAGUCAUGGCUUCCAACUCCCAGCCAAGUUAGAGAAAGUUGGAGGAACAGUUCUACAGCAGGUGCCCACAAAUUCAGCUUGAAUUCUUCUGAAGGAUUAGGGGUGCUUCCCUUUGCUAUAAUGCAGCCUGCUCUUGGUCCUUGCCUUCCACCUGGUCAGCUCUGCUCCACUGGUCACUGGUGAAGAAUAAGAUAGAGCCACCAAGAAGCCCUCAACACCUGCACCCAACCCUGCAUCUUCAUUUGAGAUGGCCUGGGUGACCACCAGAGAUUGCAUAGCUCUGAUCCCGUGCAACCCAGCGCAUCAUUCAAUUGGUGCUAAUGGGUGAAGGAAAAACAACUCACUAAUGAAAUAUGUGGAAUCUUUAA